AUGCCUCCCCCUCCUGAUCCCCAUCUUCAUGAACCCCAUGAGCAGAAAAGUCGUGCUCGUGUCUUGAUAUGCGCCUGGGCUUUUAUUCGUUCCCUUGCGACGCCAAAGCGGGCAAACAUCCCCCCCGUUCUUUCACAAAAAUACGCAGUAUCCUAUGGUUCGAAGGCCCAGCACCUAGAACGCCUAAGGCCGAGUGCGGGUGGAUUGUUGCUGCUCGACCUCGUCGUCAAGGUGGAUCUCAGCCGCCUCCGUAGAGGCGGCAUCGGCGUCAGCGGCCGGGACAGAGAUGACCUGGGUCUUGUUCUGACGGUCCCAGGCGGCGUUCUGAAUCUCCGAGAGGCCGACCUGGGCGCCAAAGUCGGGUGGCGGCGGGGCCUCCUCCUGGGCAGUCUCGUAGUCUCCCAUGGUCUCGUCGAACUGAAUGUCCGUGUCGUUGCCAACCUCGCGAUCAUCCGACGAGUCGGGCUGGGCGUCGUCGCUGCCGUAGCCCUCCAUGCCGAGGGAGUUGUUGGUUCCGUCCGCGGACUCCAGCGAGUUCCAGUUCCAUGGCUGCGCGGCCUGGAAUCCGUUUGCGCCGCUGGUGAAGUCCGUCAUGCCAAUGCCCUCAUCCUCGAUGCUGUUUUGGAUGUUGUCGCUGCCAACGUUGGUGCUGGAGCUGCCUUCGUAGGGCGGCAGUUCAUCAUCGCCACCGCGGGAGGAGCCCCCGACGAGACGCUGAUCUUCCCCCGAGUCGGUGUCAUCCUCCUCGUCGUCUUCGCCAGCCUUGUCGAACUUUUCAAAGAUUUGCUUGAAGCGGGGACCACCCAGGGGGCCCUCGGAACGACGGCGGUAGAAGAGCAGCACGUUGUCGUCUCGUGUCGUGGAUGUCCACUCACCAUUAUAGUUGUACCACUGGCCAUCAACAAAGUUGCGUCCAUAGGCAGUGUAGUGACCGCCGCCGAGGCCACCAAAGUGGUCGUCCACCGCGAUGAGGUCACGCGACUUGCGCUUCUGCUCCAAGGCGGGGUCUCUGAGCUUCUCCACGUCGCCAAACGUCUUCUGGCCACGGUUGUCCUCCGCAUCGCGCGACUCCUUGCCGAAAACCAAGUCCCAGGUCUCCUCGCUCCAGUCGACGACGAUGCCCUCGCCGAGGCGAACAAGCGGGCCGCCGCGAACGUUGUCCAAGGGCGACGGCUGAGGCUCGACGUCGACAACCUGGAAGGACUGCUCCUUGCUCGAGCGCAUGUCCUUGUUGCGACGCUUGCCGCCCUUCUUGCCGUACGUCUUGUUGCCCUUGUUGAACUUGCGGCGGGCGCCGCCAACUUUGUGGUUGCCUCUGCCCCGGGUAGGCUGGGUCUUGUUAGUUCCGCCCUCACAUCUUGCUUUGCCUGCACAUACCUUGAUCACUCGGACGGGCUCAUCCUCCUCCGACUCGUCUGCCAUGCGGGUCUGCUCCUCAACGGACUGCGGAGAUUGCUCUUCGCUGACGCUGUCACGCUCGCUGUCCGCACUGUUGGUGGAGUCAGGGCUGUUAGAGUCCUGCUCGGUCUCCGGGGCACGGGAUGA